UUUUUUUUGUUUUUUUUUCCUUGUUCGGGACUGUUACGUUGGCACUUUGUCUGGAGCGAUGGUUGCCGGUGCACUGACCGUGUUUCUGACUUUAUUUAGUCUCUCUGCGAGCAAACAGAAGGACGUUUAUACUUUUAAAGUGGUGAACAGCAGAGGGAAGUUGGUGUCUCUGGAGAAGUACCGCGGCUCGGUGUCCUUGGUGGUGAACGUUGCCAGUGAAUGUGGAUUCACUGAUGAACACUACAAAGACCUGCAGCAGCUCCAGCGGGACUUUGGACCGUACCACUUUAAUGUGCUGGCGUUCCCCUGCAACCAGUUUGGCCAGCAAGAGCCCGGCAGCGACAAAGAGAUCGACAGCUUCGCGCGCGGCGUGUAUGGAGCGUCUUUUCCUCUAUUCAGCAAAAUCUCUGUGGUUGGAACUGGAGCUAACAAUGUCUAUAAGUACCUCGCUGAGUUGUCUGGAAAAGAACCUGACUGGAAUUUCUGGAAGUAUCUUAUUGACGUGAACGGCCACGUGGUGGACGCGUGGGGACCACAGACUCCCGUCAAAGAAAUCCGAUCCAGGAUCGCUGAAAUGGUGCGACAGAUCAUCCUGAAGAAGAAAGAGGAGCUUUAACGUCACG